AUGCUGCGGUUCGUGUGGCACGCUGUCCUAGUGCUGUUUUUUCCAUCUUUUGCCAGGAUACCAUCAGGAAAAGCAAACCCUACGGACACCAUUGAGUUUAGAGAAGUCCUGCCAGGUCUGCUAGAAAAUCAUCAUGCCAUUCCAAAGACAGACGAAGAUCAGCAUCGUGCGGCAGAUACAGAUCAUUAUCUAGGAAGAGACGUUACUCUCACCAGCGAACCUAGGUUCAGCCAGGAUAAUGUAACCCUGUAUGAAUAUGAGGCCUACACCAUGAUCGGACUUCCUGAAAAUAACUUUGGCCACACUGGAAUUAAUUUGCUCGCUAAGCUGGAGAUCAGGCCCCAUGGUGAAAGGACAUAUGAAAUUCAGGCUAUGACUAUUAACAUGAAAGAGAUUACAGGUGCGUGGCCCAAAAAUCGAGUCUCUCGUGCCUCUAAGCUGAGUCAGACUUUGUCUGACCAGUUUGUGAGAUCCGUCAGGUUUGAGGAACGCAAUGGACUUAUUGGAGACAUCUUUGCCCCUAGCAAUGUGUCGGAGACUGUCCUCAACUUGUAUAGAGGAAUGCUCAACAUGUUCAAUGUCAAAAUGAAAAAGUCCCGGAAUGUGCACGACCUGCAAGAGUCCAGCGUUGGGGGUGUCUGCGACACCAGAUACAAGGUUCCAGAGCAGAAGGGAGACCAGCUGCUUGUUGUAAAAUCCAUAGACUUCAACAACUGCCAAGACAAAGUAUCCAAGAACGUUGGAAUGGCUUUCAUGGAUCAUUGCGAACCUUGCCAAAGGAUGCACAGAAAUGUACGUAAUGCUGCAACAUCCACCAUCAAGUUGAAAAACAACAUCAUCCAGGAAGUCGUCUUAGAACAGACCAUAUACUAUACUACAUCACAGGAACGUAAUGGUAGUGCCAUAAUGGAAGCUAAGCAAGUCCUGACCUGGGCUGGAACCAGAAGCAGCCAAUCAAACCCCCCUCAGAUUCAGUACCAGAAGCGCUGAAAUCUCCACUACAACUUUACUGAUGAAAUAUACCAGAUUCCAUUUGUUCUUCUAAAGCCUAAAAGCCUUGAAGCUCAGAUUGAGCAAACUAUACAACACAUGGUACAAUACAACCAGGGGAAGAUCCACCAGGAUGUCUCAGUGAAAUUCAUGCAACUAAUUCAGCUGUUGCGCCAUGCUUCUCCCGAGAUUCUACAUACCGUAUGGAAGCAAUUUGCUCAAAAGACAAGACACAGAGCUUGGUUCUUGGAAGGUCUUCGCAUGGCUGGAACUGUAGACAGCUUGAAGUUUGCUCAGCAGAUUUUUCACAGUGGAGAACUCACUGAUACAGAAGCAGCUCUAUUGAUUCCCCUUGCAAUGCAUGUUACUAGAGGCAGCCAACAGGCCUUGGAGAUCUCCAAAAACCUAAUCCAAGACCCCAAAAUCCAGAAAAACCCAACAUUGUACAAACGCACAGUCCUGGCCUAUGGCUCAAUGGUCAACAAAUACUGUCUUCACCUGCCCACUUGCCCCGAGCCUGCUCUGGAGCCCCUCCAUGAUUUGGCUGCUGAUGCCCUCAGCAAGGUCCAUGAAGAGGACAUGACUUUGGCUCUGAAAGCUCUUGGUAAUGCCGGUCAGCUCCAAAGCCUCAAACGUAUCCUAAAGUUCUUGCCAGGCUUUUCUUCCAGCGCUGCUCAGCUUCCAAUCAGGGUCAAGGUUGAUGCAGUCAUGGCUUUAAGAAACAUCGCCAGACGGGAUCCACGUAAAGUGCAAGAAAUUCUUAUGCAAGUCUACAUGGAUCCUGAAGUUCACACUGAAGUGAGGAUGAUGGCUUGUUUGGCCUUAUUCGAGACCAAACCCGGCCCUGCUAUGGUCACCAACAUUGCCAAUGUGGCUGUCAGAGCAAGCAAAGUUAACCUACAGCUUGCGAGCUUUGUCUAUUCUCAAAUGAAAGCCUUGGCCAAUAGCAGCGUUCCCCAACUAGAACCUCUGGCUGCUGCUUCCAAUGUCGCUCUGAAGCUCUUCAAUCCAAACAUUGAUAAUCUGGGUUACCGUUUCAGCAAAGUCAUGCGUAAUGACACAUUUAAAAAUUCUCUCAUGUCAGAAGCUGCUGUAAAGAUCUACGUUAUGAACAGUCCAAAUACUCUGUCCCCUGUAUUCAUGCUUGGAAAACUGCAGGCUAACAUUGGCGGUUCACAGGUUGAUAUAGGAGAGGUUGGUAUAAGAGCUGAAGGACUUACUCAUAUCAUGAGACGGCGAAAUAUUCAAUUUGGUGAAUUGCCAACGCCUAAGAAGAUCAGCCAGAUUCUGAACUUGUUAAAGGGAUUAAAAGCACAGCCUUCCCAGAGCCCAAUGUUCUCUGUGUACAUCAAGGUCUUUGGUCAGGAGUUGUCAUUCAGUGAGAUCAACGGAGCCCCCAUCCAGCCUAGAACUCGGGCACUGAACGUGCCAGCAGAAAGGCACGCUACCAUCAAGAACAUCAUCAUCAAGCUUUUGAAUGGCUUGAUCAGCCAGUUUGCCCGUGCAGUAGUUGCUGUGGCAGCCCACCACAUCACACCCACCACCAUUGGUUUGCCAAUGGAGAUCAGCUGGUAUACCACUGCUGAGGGAAAUUCCUCAGUCAACUGUAUGUACACCUGA